AUGACAGGGUCUCUUCCCAGGGGAUCCAGCUCUAGCCAUUCUCUGCCGAGUGACAGUUCCAGCAGAGUCUCGCCAUCCACCGACGGACCUCCUUCAGCGCGGCGAAAGAAAGAUGGCAUGCAGCAGAACCUGAACAUCAUCGGCCAUCAUGGCAAGAAUGGGCAGCACCGCCCCUCGGGUACAAACCGUCACGAUGAUUCAGGCAUGGUACUUGAUGCAUCAGAAAUGGAGGCUACCAACGAUGUCGAAGAACUCCCCUUUGCACGUCCGCCGAAGUUCAAGCCCAAUCAGUUCUCGGGGCCACAGCAAAGACUGCCCAUUCAUGCUGAAGAUUUCGAAGAUCUGGAAGACCUAGCUAGUCUCCAAGACGAACACCCUCAGAAGCCGAAGUCCAUCUCGCACCAACACCAAGAACAGUCAGGUCGGCGCCACGGUGGUGGCCGCCAUCGCAAGGACACGGAACAGUCUGAUGGAAUAAGUACCAAUGUCAAUGCCGAGAAUGCAAACGAUUCCCCCGUUCAUGAGGUCCACUCUGGGAAGACCGCGGACGCGGGUAAAGACCACACAAAUGUCGAGAGCCAAAUUUCAGUCAAUUCUUCCAAGGAGGGGGACUUAGUUCCAUUGGAUGGUCAACCAGCCCAAGUCAAGAUAAGAUCUCGCCAGCGGCCCACGGUGCUGGAACAAAAUUCAGCACCUAGUCAAGGUCUGGGAAUCCGUCCUUUUCACGAUGCGGACAAUAGCUUGCCUGGUGGCCUAGGCCGUCAACAGGUCCAGGAAAUACCCCAUAUGGAAGUGGCCACCACAAGCACACGCCGGAAGCAGGAGAAAGACCGCGAAGUCAGACGGCCUGUCCUUGUUCCGCAGAUGGACCCUCCAGCAGCAGUCAAUACCACAACCAUCCGCUCGCCCACUGAUCAAGGGGUUAAUGUAACACCUCCUGAGCGUCAAAACGGUCUGCCUCAAGCGAGCAAACAGCACUUCGAAUCGGUCGAAUCCCAGAGGCAGCGCAUGAGUACCCCCUAUGAGAAAAGCUACAACGAACUCGCCGCAGACUCACAGCAGCGGGCCGCUCAGAUGAGACACCAGGAGAACAGACUGAAUCGUGUGCUAGAGCAGCGAGAUCAUCUUCGGGCUGAGACCAGCAAAAUGCGGGCUGAGCUUGAAAGUUUUAGGAUCAAACAGUCCGAAUUACAGGAGCAUGUAGUCAGAGCUGAGGCCGAAAUCGAAAAGGAGGCGGGCCGAAACCGGAAACAUCGUGAAGAGGCCAGCAAACAAACAGAGCUCGAGCUAAUGGCUCUGAAGGAGGAACAGAAAGUGACCAUCGAAGGGCUGAAGGCGCAGCUAGAAGCGAAGCGAGACGCCUACGAGAACGAGAAAAGGGCCCUGAAGGACUUGCAGGUCGACUUUACAACGCUCAAAGAACAUUUGUCCGGGGCAGAAGCGAAGGCCAAAGGCUUGGACAACCAGCUGACCGAGAUCAAGCAGAGCAACGACCGCUUUCAGAAGAUUGAAGCAAUUAUGGCCAAGAUCUUCACCGGUAUUGAGAAUUUGGCUGAGAAGUCCGACAAGGCCGAUGUGGUGCCGCCUCAGAUUGUGAAAAAGCUUGAUGAAAUAGCGGAAUUUGCGCAGCGCGCGUCACGAGAGGACAACGAUGGGAUCAGAAAGGCCCUAGAUGCCUUCCAAGAACAGCUGACAUCCAAGAUUGGUGAAAAGAUGGUUAAUAUGACGAAGGGGCAAGAUAUCAUUCAGGGCAAAAUGCAAAGCUUGGAGGAAUGCUUGAAGAGUCAGUCGAGCCUUGCCGAGGCCGAGCAAAAGAGACAACAGGAACAGCAGCAGCAGCAAAUCACCGAGAAGAGCGCCGAGAACGCGAGGCUUGCACAGAAUCUCGACACCAAGGACAAACAGGUUACCGAGCUGACGAAGGCUGUCUCCGAGAUGGGCCAGAGGCUGCAGAGAUUUGAAGAGGCUCUGGACUCAGUUGCGCAAGGAGCUGCCUCAGAAACAGAACUUCAGGAAGCCCAGGAGAGUCUGAAUACCAGCCAGACUCGAGUCAAUCAACUGAGAGCAGAACUCCAAUCACAGCGCGCGGCCUACGAGUCUGAGAAGACGGACCUUGAGAAGCAGCUGGAAAAGGCCAAAGACGAUUUGAAAAAGACCGAAGACCUUCUUAUGAGCUCGGCGGAGAAGACAGCUUCUGCAGAGCGCGAAUUCAAUGCAGCAUCGGACGUAAAGCAACGCGAGUUGGAGGAGACGGUGAAAAAGGAACAACAAGCUCAACAGGAGCUGAAGCAAAAGCAUGACGAGCUAUUCGCCGAAAAGGCUCGUCUCCAGGCGGAAAGCGCAGAGACCUGCAAGCGUGAAAAGGAAAAGCUUGAAAAGGCUGAAAAGGACCUCAAAGUUGCUGAACAGAGGAUCACCAACCUUACCAUGAAGAUUCGCGAGACACAAACAACAUCAAUUAUUGCGAACCCGAAUGACCUCACAGCCCAACAAUUGGAAGAUCAGCUAAAGAUGGUCAAAGAGUGCCACAGACUGAUGGAAGACAUGCAAGCCGGCGGGAAGGAUCUCUCCAGAGGAAAGUCUGGUGCCCCUGAACCUAGUAACAGUCUGCGCCAUGAUAAAGAACACAGUCAUGCUUCGAGUGAGCAGCAGCACUCUGGGGCCUCAAGCAAUGCAGACACUGGCAAUGAUAACGAGGAACCCGAGCUUCCCGAGGUGCCAUGCACAGAUCCAAUUAACUGGAAGGACAUUCUCGAAAUCAGCUCAAGCUCGUCGGAUGGUAUUUUGGAGGAAGACAGCCAGCAAAAGAGUGGAGACAUCUUGGAGGAGGACCUUCAACGAAAGAGGAUAUUGAUGAAGAGUCCCGUUGAGGCAGCAGACACCGAAUUAGCGGCGCCUUCGGUUUCCCAAGAAAGAGCGCAGCGACACAACUCAACAAGCCAGGGGUCUCAACCCAGAAGCAUUCUUCGACCAGGCUCGAGCUAUACGCCAACGGCAGCAUCUACAAAUACUGCUGAGUCGGCCCGGGAACGUGCUCUUUCUACUCACUCUGGCCACACUGAGUAUAACCGGCCAGUCGGAAGUCGAGAUACCAUCUCAUACGCCCAGUUCAGUUCCUUUAGUAGCCGCAAGCUGCCGAGACCGCAGCUUCUUGAUUUCCGGAUAGAGCAUAAAGGCAACAAGCGAGUUCGAACCGAGCCGCCACAGGACCGACAAAUCAAGAAAAUCAAGCACGUCAGUGACCCCAGGGAUCGCGAUGACGUUUUCACUGAUCGCUUGGAGAACGCCGGACAGCCUACUAGCUCAGCUUUGGAGCGAAGCACCAGGGCCAGCACUGAAGCCCUGUCGACCGAGUCGCAGGACAAUUAUUCCAUGUCGCGCCAUUUCCAAAAGGGCACAUCGGCGAAGAAUGACCAUCAACCACAGUCAAGACCAACACUUGCGGGCAAGACUCCUCAGUCGUCCCAAGAUGGCCCGUCUUCAACUGGACGUCGCAACAUUACUCGAACUUAUUCCAAGCUUCCUGUCAAGACUUAG